AGGCACGCCGGCUCUGUCUGAGCAGCCAAGGGGGCGGGUUCUCUUCCUGUGUGUGUUACUGUGUGUGAAGCGCUCAGCUCUCUGCUAGACAGGCUGCCGCCCCUCUACAGGCCCUCAGUGAUUUAUAGACGCAUUGUUGGUAUUGUUGUGAGCUGUCCGGAGUUGUAGAGACGCGGCUGUGAACUUGGAGGUGGUGUCAGGACUGAGAAAUGUCGUCGGUGGUGCCCAAGCCUGAUGUCAUCCCCACUAGUGUUGUAGCUGUUGCCACCUCCAGCUGCAAACCCUCUCUUCACAGAAAAGCCUAUGUUCCUCCCCGGACCAUGCCUCCCCCCAGCCCCAGCCAAGGUAGCAGCAGCGGCCAUUCCAGCGGAGAGCAACUCAGCAAGACUAACCUAUACAUACGUGGCCUUACCCCCAACACUACUGAUCAGGACCUCAUCAACUUAUGCUCACCAUAUGGGAAAAUCAUUUCCACUAAGGCUAUAUUGGACAAAAACACUAAUAAAUGCAAAGGAUAUGGCUUUGUGGACUUUGAGAGCCCAGGUGCAGCCCAGAAGGCAGUCCAAGCCCUGCAGGCACAGGGCGUCCUGGCACAGAUGGCAAAGCAACAAGAGCAGGACCCGACCAACCUGUACAUCUCCAACCUGCCUCGCAGCAUGACGGAGCACGACCUGGAGAGCAUGCUGGCCCCGCACGGCACGGUCGUGUCCACACGGGUCUUACGGGACAACGUCACAGGCAUCAGCAGAGGAGUAGGCUUUGCUAGGAUGGAUUCUACAGAACAAUGUGAAGCUAUUAUCAACAAAUUCAAUGGCAAAUAUCUUCAAGGGCAUACAGGGCAUUGUGAAGCUUUGCUAGUGAAGUUUGCUGAUGGAGGAGUGAAGAAGAAGAACCCGUAUCAACAACAGGAGAGGAGGGGAUGGGGGACAGACGACGCCGUACACCUCCCAUAUGACCCCACCUUGCCAAAUGGCCUUCCCCCCACACCUCGAGUGAUGCACCAUCCAGUCAUCCCAGCCUCACCCUACAGUCCCAUGAGCAACACACCUUCUUAUAGCACAGUUCAAACUACCUGGAUCCAGCCUCACCCACAUUAUGUCAUGCAGCCACACAUGGGAUCCGCCAGCAUGAUGACAACAGACUCGGGGAUGCACAUGCACCCAGGCGUGGUGCCUCAGCUGGCCAGUCAGAUGAACCAACUCUCCAUCUCGGGACAAUCGUACAUCCCAGGCACAGCCGGCGUGCACAAUCCCUACGUGCAUCAUUACCCACAACCCUCGGGGGUCAUGCAGACUGUUCCAGUAGAGCCCGUGUUGCAGGACAACAGGGCAUCAUCAGUACAGUGGGGCCACAGACUUCUCGACCAGUCUCAGCAGCAGCAGGGUCAGCAGGUGGGAGUGGCCGACGACCACGCCCAACAUUACUCCUUCCAGCAGGGCAAGUGAGACAAGAUGUCCUGCUCUAGUCUUAGCGGAGAAGACAAGACAAGUAACCUCAAGCCUUGAAGGACUCCAGACUUGUACAGUACGGAUCUUAAAGACAGCACGUCUUGCCUGAACAAGACGUCAGAGAUCUAAACUAGUUAGUAGAAGAGACAGGAAAAUUCUUCAAACUUUUGUUUCCGUUGGUUCGCUCGGUUCCUUUUGAUAAGACCAGAAAUACAACUAUUUUUUGUAAGAAGAAGUAAGAAGAGCAUCGGGCUAGCGUAGCGUUCGUUCAACACCAACAAGUACUGGACCAGAUUUCUGAGGAGGUCAAAUUAGUUUAUUUUGCUACCACAGAGAGCUUAUUUUUAAAUCUUGUCUCGUCAGAAAUCUAACUUAAGAGAAUCUUUAUGAAGCAAGAGUCUUAAACAGUGUAUACAUACAAAAAUAGGAGCCACAGCGGAGCGAUUUUUUCCUCAGCUGUGAUGAAGAAGAAAAAUAACAUGCAAGAUCCUUGCCUGGUGAAGAAGGUUCAAGUUCAAGUGGUAACCUGAUAGCGUCUUAAGGAGGUGAGCUGCUCCUCCAAGGUUAAGUCUGUAGUUAGUUAAGACACUUAAAAUUUCUCGUUCCUUUGUCCUCGUGAGUUUUUAUGAGGAGUUAGUAAGGUUACUCCAUCAAAGACUAUGCCACCAGGUUAGACUUAAGGAAUUCGACUUUGAACGUCGAGGAAUUUUUAGGUAUAAAGUAGUGUAAAUGUUUUUUCCGCGUUUUAAUGGAGAUUUUUAAAUAAGGGCCAAAUUAUCUCCGCAUAGUGAUGAGACUUUUGAACUGAGAUUAUGAAUUGUUCUUCUAGAGUUUUUUUAUAGAUGCAGAUUUUCUUUUGUUUUCUUUUACUCCGUUUGCCGCUUUUGGCAAAAGAGAGGUUUAAUUUUCAAAGGUUAU